CAGCACACCGUCCAGAUCAAUCUGGACAAAUUCCUCUAACUGCAGGUGCCCCCAAUAGAUGUUCAUCUUGAAGGCCCAACUUCCACCCAAUUUCUAACAAGUGCAGAAGCCACUUGGACGAGUGGUGAAACGACUUCAAGAAAAUUCAACAUAUUUUGAUACAAUUUAACUUUGUUUCAUUGAGAUACUAAGAAGAUCUGUUGUGUUCUAUUAGUUCACAUUGUUGCUGCGGUCGAAGAGUUCCUUUUUAUUUUGUCCUGAUGUCUGCACCAUGCGAGAGACUGUGAAGUUAUGGUGGAGCUGACAGUUUGCCAAGUGAGAGACGCAUAUAAGAAGUGUUAGACUGAUGGUGUUUAUGGUGUUGAUGUGAGCGUUGUCGUUACAGAAGCUUCAGUUACCUUGAAGAAAAGCCUCCAUAGCUAGAUAUUGACAAUAAAGCUGACUUUGACUUGAGUGUGUGCCAAGCCGUAAUUACAGAAACACCUCCAAACUGACGGGGACUCAGUCUACAGUUUGUUUUAUGACACAAGGUUCAGUCCCAAAGCUCAGAGUUGCUGAUCUUCUUACGGAUUCAGUGUUAAAGGAAACACUGGGACCAGUACUGGACAGUGGCUACAAGUGUCUGCCAAGCUGACAGGCUACUGUUCAUCCUAUCAUCGUGUGAGGAGGAGUGCCAUUUAUGCAUCAAGAGAAGAGAGUGUGUGGGUCCUCUCAUUGAUUUUCAACCUUAUCAUUUUUAUCCCAUCAGAUAUACGGCUCUAAUAAGAAACACUAACUGGUUGUCAAACAUUUUCUGCAUGAUACAAGGACACGUACAGAGAUCUGACGUGCGGUCGUAGUAAUUAAUUUUAUCCUGUAGGGGGCAAUAACGCCCGGUAGCGUCAAACACUUCAAUUAGAAGAAGAAAAGCGAGCGAAAGGAGGAAGGAGAUCUGCAGCAUCUUCGUCGUCUGUCAGUCAGAUGUUUCAGCAGUAGAAGUGAACAUGUCUCAAGUUCAUCGAUUUAGAGAGUUCACAAAGGAGAGACUAGCUGCUGCUGUUGAAGAAAUAUUUGUAGUUUUUGAAGAAAUUAUCGUCCAGUACGAGGGAGAGAUUGAUCAUCAACGCAAACUGCUGGAUACCAUCUUAAAACCAGAAAUAAAGCUACACAAAAUUGACUCCCCACAACAACAUGUCUGUGAGGAGGAUGAGGUUCUCACUAGCCAGGAGAUGAACUCCAGUGUGGACCAGGAGGAAGCAGAGCCUCCACAGAUUAAAGAGGAACAGGAGGAGCUCUGUACCAGUCAAGAGGAAGAGCAGCUCGUACUGAAGGAGGAGCCUGACACCAUUAUGGUGACUCCAGUUUAUGAGGAAAGUAACCACAGUGAACCAGAAGAAAGUGAUGACCAGCUCCUCUAUCACAAUUCUUCUGAGAAACAAGAUCAGGAAGGACGGCAGCACGUACAUCCAGCAUCCAGUAGAAAUGCAGAGCUAAAGCCAAAUAAGGGAUGUGACUUUAACAAUGUAAACCACAGUACCCUUCAUACUGACACAGAACAGUUGGAUGGUUUUGGAACCCUCUCAGAAAAUAUGUCUCAAAUGAAGAAAAAUCACGAGAUCCAAAGUGGCGUGAAUCCAUAUACUUGUAACAUUUGCGGUAAAGGUUUCUGUCAGAAUGGUAAUUUGACUGUCCACAUGAGAACUCACACAGGCGAGAAGCCAUAUUCUUGCAAAACAUGUGGGAAAUGUUUCAGUCGAAGGAGUUGUUUGAAUAUUCACAUGAGAACUCACACAGGUGAGAAGCCAUAUUCUUGUAAAAUAUGCGGAAAAGGUUUCAGUCGAAGAGAUGUUUUGACUCUCCACAUGAUAAUCCACACGGAUAAGAAGUCAUAUUCUUGCAAAUCAUGUGGGAAAAGUUUCAGUGAUUGUAAUGAUUUGUCUGUUCACAUGUGUACUCACACAAGUGAGAAGCUAUAUUCUUGCAAAAUAUGUGGGAAAAGUUUUACUCAUAGUGGUGGUUUGAGUGUCCACAGGAGAAUUCAUACAGGUGAAAAACCAUAUUGUUGCAAGUCAUGUGGGAAAAGUUUCAGUCAAAGUGGUGUUUUGGCUGUUCACAUGAGAACUCACACAGGUGAGAAGCCGUAUCCUUGCAAGACGUGUGGGAAAGGUUUCAGUCGAAGAGAUGUUUUGACUCGUCAUAUGAGAACUCACACAGUUGAAAAGCUGUACUCUUGCAAAACAUGCAGGAAAUGUUUCAACAAUGCUAAUCUUUUGUCAGUCCACCUGAGAACGCACAUAGGUGAGAAACUGUAUUGCUGCAAGGUAUGUGGCAAAGAAUUCAGUCGAUGGUCUCAUUUGACUCUCCACAUCAGAACUCACACAGGUGAGAAGCCUUAUUCUUGCAAAACAUGCGGGAAAAGUUUUAGUCGUAGCGGUAGUUUGACUAUCCACAAGAGAACUCAUACAGGUGAAAAACCAUACUGCUGCCAGUUUUGUGGGAAAGGUUUCAUUCAGUGUGGUGAUUUGACUGUCCACAUGAGAACUCACACAGGUGAAAAGCCGUAUUCCUGCAAAACAUGUGGGAAAUGUUUCUGUAAUAGUAGCAAUUUUUUACGCCACAUCCGAACUCACACUGGUGAGAAUUCAUAGAAGUAUUCAUAGAAACGUGAAUAUUUUCAACAUGGUGAUUAGACUGUCCACAUGAAACCACAGAUGAGAAGUCAAAGUUCUGUCUGUCGGGGAAAUUUUAAAAUUAGCUUUCAGAUGUUAAACAACAUUAGGCUGUGCUUCUGUCAAUCUGCUGUUGCAAAUGUGUCUCAUAAAAUCUUGUUUUGAUGUUUCUCAGAUGGCAAUUGAGGCUGUCAUCAGUGAAUCUUGCAGAAGUGCAGUAUACUUUUAUUUUUGCAGUGUGUGAAUGACUGACAAUACAUUAAUACUGAAAAAAAAAUCUUAAAAGCCACCAAGUUCAGUAGUGUUCCAAUUCUGUUACAGUGACAUAUAAAAGUUUUCUCAUAACUACGAGAAUGCAGAUGUGUAGUUUGUCAUGAUCAUUGUACUUCACCAAGCACAACACUUCCUUUUACAGUUGACAUGAUCCUGAAUUCUUUAUCAAUAAGAGCAUGUUCUUUCAUUUAGUGUUUUGUAAUUGCAUCAACCAUUUGUUUUAUGCUUUACUCCUUAACUGCUAAAUUGUUGGUGUACGACGUAUCCAAGGCGACAUAUAAAUAAGCUUUUCAAGCAGAUGUGAUAAUAAGAAUAUUUAUUUAUACCGAUUGUCCAAACUGUUCUCCACAGAUUUUUCACAGACCCCAUCACAUGAUUGGAGUAGCCUUUCUGACAUCACCAGAAAUUUGAAUUAAACACCCAAGUGAGCCUCAGUUCAGUGUAGCAUUGAUACAUCAUGAUUAUGGAAUAAUAUACCUCAUAUUUGGAGCAUAAUACCAGUAAAGGGUGUUUUUAAUAUUGUACAGUUUGUCAUAUUUAGCCAUCAACAUAUUGAGGAUGUCCAUUUAAGCUGGAACCUUUUUGUCUAUUGCCUUUCGGUUAUUGGACGACCGCUCUACCUCCUGAGCUACUGCUGCCCCAAAAUUAAUAAAAAUAAUGACCAUUUGAUCUCCUGUGAAACUAUGAUUAAAUAGGUGAAGUACAGGAAAGGUCACAGCCAAGCUCCUGACCAGUGAUCCCACGCGGUUCUGUGGAAGCAAAGAAUUGACAAAAGUCCUCAGUUCCUUUGUCCGUGACACUUCAGGCCAGAAAAAACAAUGCUGAUAAGAACUGAGCAAGGCUAGAUGUGACAUUACCUAGUCGAAGUUGGAAAUUAGGUAUUCAAUAGAAAAAAAAAAUAGAAGAUAAAUAGUGUCUCCACUAUAGAAGAGAAAGAAUAACAAGGCCACGAGAAAGCUGAAGAAAGACUUGGCAUGCAGUCUGAAAAGGAAGCCAAAGGGGACAAUCAAAAAGGUUUUAAAAUGUAGAUAUUCUUCUGAGUAAACUAACAUCACUGUUCUGAAGAAACCAUAAGGAGGCAAUUAAAUCCAUGCUUAUCUGCAGUACACAGACUUUUUGUUCUAGACAAAGAUGUCAGACAAAGAAACCACUCAAGAUCGUAUAUUAAAGUAAAUUGAAUCAAGGGAGCUCGUUGCCCAGUUUAAUGACCACUCAAAUGAAGUCAGUGCUAACUCAAGUAACCCAUCAUUCUCUGAAAACUCUACUUAAGUCUUGAAACAAAUCUAAGGAGGAAGAAGACAGCCUUUCUAUAGGAUUUCAAAGGUACCAGAUACUUACCUGUUGUUGGGGAACAAUGAUACUGUUUUUCUUCAGUGAAUGGUGCACUCAGCCCUUUGUCAGUCAUAGGCUCCAGUCUCAAGGUGUGAAUGGGUGUAGAACGUCUUUGGGACAGAAGUUAAGUCUUGUAAUUGUUCAGAGAAGGAUUUUCCAGUCUGACAUUGUUUUCCUUUGCUCCUCCUUCAAACCAUCUGUCUUCUCUGGCUAAAAUGUGGUCGUUGUUACAUCGCUGCAGAAGCUACUUGGAUGAAUUACGAAACAUCUUCAAGACACUCAACUAAAGGGGAGAGGCCUUCAAAUAUAAUAAUGUACUCAAACUACUUUGGAUGACAUUGUCUUAUCAAAUGAAAUGUCUUUGAUAAAAUAAAGUUUAUUUACAAGGCGCCUUUUACAAGACAAUGUUGUACAGUUUCUACAUUUUGAUAGCAGCUCCUUUAAAGGUUAAAAUGAAAUAAAAAAGAUACCAUAGCAAAACACACAAUAAAAAUAAACAACUUCCUCUUAACAAGACACUAUUCCAGUUGACACAGAGAACUAUGUAUAUUCUUAUCUUCAACAUCAGAGUUCACAAUUCACAUAAAACUGAGGUAGAGAAAAUACUAAAAUACAGUACAAAAUACACUGCUAACAUCAUACAAGUGUUAUUUUUAAUAUAGUUCGAGAUGCCCACAAAUCAAAACAAAAGAGAAAAAAGACGUAAUGUGAUGUAGAUGAUGCAGAUGAAGACUUGCCUCACCUCUCUUUAGCUUAUUUUUUUUCUACUUACGUGAUAACGCAUAUAUCACCUAAGGAGAAUUAGGGUUUGAGACACUCACAUGUAAUUAUGAGUCAUGAAUACAAAAAAAACUCUCAU